GAGCUCCCAGUGCAGGGGAGUGUGCGCAGUGGCCUAUCUGCACUGACCUUUUCCUAGGCUUUUCCCAGCCUGUGCCUCCCCUGUGCCUCCCCUGUGACAUGCUAACCACACGUGUCACACCGACCCUCUUGUGCCUUCCUUCUGUGUUUCAUAGGUUUUCAUGCAACGUGAUGAACAAAAACAGCCCUUUCCUUGAGCCACAGAUGAGGUGCUGUGUGGCUCAGCAUCCCCUUGCCAGAGCCAGCUGGGCAGCAAGGUAAUUUGGCUGCUGCCAGGCUGUAUCAUGGUCCCUCUUUGGUACAGGGCAACUGUGCAGGUGCCCCCUGACCAUGCCUUGUGGUGACCAGGUGGUAGUGGAGGUGAUGCAAGAGCAUUUGUCCUCUUUGCAUCCUAUGCUGCUGUUGAUGAGAACACUGUCAGGGCUGGUUUGGGUUUUCUUGGUCCAAGGUGACACAGAAUCCAACAUCACCAGUGCCUGGUGACGUCGGCUCUCUCCAUGUGCCGAGCUCAGGGCUUCCACAAUCAUGUAGCUCUGUGCAAACAAGUCACAGCCUUGCAGCACAAGGACUGUUCCAGGCUGCUCAGCUGCUCCUCUGCUGCCAAAGUUCCUUGUACUUAGAUCUCAAGGAAAGAAUGGAGAAAGGGAAUAGGAAACAUCCCCAAGCUUCCGACACGGACACAGGGCAGGGACAGUGCAGGACAGACCUCCUGGGCCUCCCUGCCGUGGCAAUCUCUCCUAGCCUUGCCCCGAUUGCCGUGGUCCUGGGUGGAAAGUGGAGCAGCAUCUGCAGGGCUAGGCUGGCACUGGCAUUGCAUCAGCUCUGGCCCAGCACCGUCCCCUCCCCUGCCAAGUGCCCAAGCCCCUGCCGUGCUGGCAUGUAGCUCCAAGCUCAAAGCCAAGCCAGCCGUGGAAAGCACCGCAUUAGCGCACGGGGGGCUAAUCCCUGUGUCCAGAGGCUGCACAGCCCCCACAGCUGCCUCCAAGCCAACGGGGCCGUGCUGCGUGCAGGGCUGGGCUCACACGAGGCCAGGUGCCCACCCCAUCAGGGAGGCAGGAGUCCUGUGGGACCAGGCUCUGAGGGGCUGUGCCAGCCUCACAGCACUUGUGCAGGGCUGUGGCUGUGCCAAGGUGCUCCCAGGUCACGUUGCAGAUGCCCAUGAGUGUCCUAUGGAGACUUUACCAAACCACUGAUCCACAUGACUAUUGGCCGCAGUGAUCCCAGAUGUGGAGCUCGUUCUCUCACACGUGCAAUGGCAGCAAAGCCAGAGGGCAUGGGGUGGCAAAAUCCCCAGAGGAAACUCACCAUGAUGGGAUGAGGAGAGAGCCUCUUCCUAAGGAGGGCUGGGCACUCAGCCACCAGUGAGGGUCCAUGCUGGUACAGAGCUGCUGCAGGGUAGCAUGGAGGCUGCACACCCAUCAAUGGGGAGAAAAUUCUAACGCAGGCCUUUUCCCAUCCAUUCCCUAUGUCUUGGUGCAAUGCCAUGGCAGCAGUGCAUUCAGGUCCUCAAUUUGCCCUGCACCCUGCCUGGGCUGGCCCCUGACUCCUGACCACCCUGGGGCCAGUGGCAGCUGCCAUGAUCUGCAGGUCAGCUGGGGGCCACAGGGCCACCAGUCAGGGGGAACAGGGGUCCUUGCUUUGCCCCCGUGGCUGCAGGGCUGGCACUGCUGGCUUGGGAAAGGCAAAUGCAGCCCACUGUGAGGGCAGAUGAUGGUACCUGUGUCUGACCACUCUAGUCCCCAGCACUGGGGCUGCCAGCAGUGGUGUUGCACAUAGCCAUCCCAGUGUUGGCUCCUUGUUCCUGCUCUCCCAGCACAAGGUGUCUUCUUCAUGGCCAUGGCUCCAAGUGGAGCCAUACUGGGUGUUUGCAGCCAGGGCUCCAUGAAGGUCAGUAGCCACAGAACCAUGACACAGGAACAUACCAACACUAGCAUGGGGCAAAAGUCCCCUGGACACCCGCUGCCAUGCACUGCAGCCCCUCAGAGGCACCAAUUCACAGGCCAAGCACUCUCCACGCACUGCUUAUGACUUGGUGUGGUGGGGGAUUCCCCAAAGACUGUCUCCAGCUGGGGAUGAGGUGCCAGGGCAGGGAAUGUGGCACUGGGAGCCAGCUGGGCACAGCAGAGUGGGAGGAGGUGGUGAGGAUAUGGGGCCAGGUCCCUUGUGCGGUGCUGCCUCUGGCACCCAGGGCACAGCUGAGAGGGGCCGCAGCAAGUCCAGCUACCCCAGGCACUGCAGGCACUGCUACUGGGCAGUGCCAGCUCCGGGGAGUGGUCCCAGCCACCUCAAAGCUUGCUGUUCCACCACACAGAGCCCCUGCUCCCUCUCUGCCAUUGCCUACUGGCACCAGACCAGGGAGAGCUGGUCCAUGGCUACUUCUGCACUUCCACGUCUCUGCUGGAAGCAGCCCCCUGUCUGUGGGCACAUCACCCCUCAUCCUGUGGGUAGUGGAGAUCUGGCAUGGUGCCCCAGUUGUGCAGCGCCACAGGCAGCUGGGACAAAGGGCCUGGGCAGGGUGAGGGGGAAGACCCAUGCUGGGGUGAGGAGCAUGACUGGCCCCCGUGCCAGGACCCCUCACCCAGUGCAGUCUGCCCGGCUUGGCCACAGUGGGACCAGGGCUGGGCAGCGGCUGCCAGAUGGGGGGAGUCCAGGGCAGAGGCCUCCCUGCUGCUAAAUCCCACUGCAGCAACUAAAAAUAGCGACACCUCUGCCCCAAAGUUGCUCCCCGGCUGCGCAGAGGGGCUGACAGCAAGUCACUGUGACCCAAGGACCUGGAGGAGCAUUCCCAACCAGGGCAGGGACUGAUGCUUGGCCAGGGACGGGCACUGGGAUCUUCCCGUGGGACUGGGGCAUAGGCAGCAGUGGGAUGGGACAGGUAGGGAUGAUGUGGGGCUGGAGGGAGGCACAGAGAUGGUGGGAUCAGGCUAGCAGGGGGACAAGGACAGGGAUGCUGGCAUGGGGGUGUGGGAGGAAAGAGACAGGGAUCCUAAGGUGGGAUGGGAGAGACUAGGACAGGGAUACUGGUGGGGCUGGGGUGGGGCUGAGGUGGAGUGAUGACAAAAACAGAAAUUCUGGAAUUCCAGGUGGCUACUGGGCACCCAACAAAGGUCCCUAUUCACAGAUCCCACCCAGUGAGAGCUGUCCCAAGAGACAGUUCUCUCUGUCCUGGGACUGGCUAAAUAAGGCCAUGGCAGGUCCUGCUCCCCAAGCUGCAUCUGGAGCCCCAUGCGCUGAUUAAUGAGCUUCUCCAGCAGCCACUUGCGACAUGGCAAGUGGGUCUGCACGGGUGGAGGAAACACGACUUUCCCAGGGAUAAAAAUAGGCACAGGCAGAGCAGCGAGCCCUGGGAGCAGAACUAGUCGGGGAGCACGACGCUGUGGCUGGUGCCCAGGGAGAGCCCAGGGGCUGGGGGUGAUGCCGUAGUGCCUGUGGUGGCACAAGCACUGCUGUCCCUCCCAUCCCCCCCAGCUUGUGUGCCCUCACCCCACACAGCCAGCCCUGCCAUAGGGCUGCUGCCAUAAAGGGCCCUUGUGGGAAGAGCCAAAAUCCUGCUCAGGAGCCCCAUAACCGGCUUAGGGGGAUGGAGGGAAUUAUGGCACCGCGUGAGCUCUGUGGAGCACCCGGACACCAUGUCAGGGAAGGCCUCAUGUCACUGGUUGGAGCUGGGGCUGAAGGACCCACAGGGGCACAGCCCCGAUGACCUUUUCCUAGAGCCACAGCAGCCCCAUGAGCCAGGAUCCCUGUGGGUAAAUGGCCAGUGUCCCCAUCCCUGCUGGCCCCUGUGCUCUCUGUGGCUCCCUGGCCACUGCUGUCCAUAGUGGGUGCUGCUGCCAGAGCAUGGCUGGGUGUUAGCAGCCCAGGCAUGAGAGUCCAUGGAGACAGGGGGAGCCCAGGGGCCAGUCUCUCUGCCUGAGAGGGUGGAGGAGGGGUCCCUUCUAUCACGGGGGUCCUGCAUUCUCAGGACUUAGCAAUGACACACAGCAGGGUCCCAGCAGCAGUGUGGGGUGGCACCAGCCCAGGUUUUCUGUGGGCGUCUGGAGGCAGCACUGCCGCUGCACUCCAGCCACACAGGGGCUGAAAUUGGCUUGGUGGGCAGACAACCUGCACAGUCACUGUCCCAGUGCCAUCCUGGGAAGGAUAAUGCAGGCUCUUGGUACAAAAACGAGUAAGCAAAUAGCUGAAUGUGAACACCUAGCAGUGUCAGAUGAGGAUGGGGACAGGAGUGAGGCGUCAUGACUGGGGCUGGCUCUGUGCCAGAGUGGCUGCCUCCAACCCCACCUGCCCCCAGCCCCAUGUCCUCCAGCUCUGUCCCAGGAGUCCCCGUGACCAGGCAUCUUGCACAGGGUUGCCCACAUGCCAGGGCCGUCACCACCAGGGUGGAGAAGCUGCUGAGGGCCAGUAGGAAGCCGUGUGCCCUGUGCUGUGUCCCAUGCAUGUGGUCCAGAGGAGGGAUGUCCCAGCCACGUCUCCUCACCCUCCUGGUACUGCUGCUCUGCUGCCAGGGUCCCUCUGCCCAGAUCACGGAUAAUGUUGUUGAGAGAUGGAAGGAGUACAGUGAAGAGUGCCAGCGCAACAUGAGCCGCCUGCCUGCACCCACAGAACUGGUCUGUAACCGCACCUUCGACAAGUUCUCGUGCUGGCCUGACACGAUGCCCAACAGCACAGCCAGUGUGCCCUGCCCCUGGUUCCUGCCCUGGUACCAGAAAGUGAAGCACAGACACGUCUUCAAGACCUGUGGGCCAGAUGGACAGUGGGUGACAGGGCCACAGGGACAGUCCCUGCGCGAUGCCACACAGUGUGAGCAGGAUGACGAGGACCUAAAGGCGCAGGAAAAAUUUGCCAAGACCUAUGGCAGUUUCAAGGUGAUGUACACUGUGGGCUAUUCUGUGUCCCUGUGUGCACUGCUGCUUGCCCUGGCCCUGCUGCUGGGCUUCAGCAAGCUGCAUUGCAUGAGGAACUACAUCCACAUGAACCUCUUCGCCUCCUUCAUCCUCAAGGGCGUCUCUGUGCUGGUCAUCGACGCCCUGCUCAAGACCCACUACAGUGACAAGAUCGACGGCUACAACGUGCAAGUCUGGCUGAGCGACGAGGCAGCUGCAGGCUGCCGGGCAGCCACGGUCUUCAUGCAGUACGGCAUCGUGGCCAACUACUGCUGGCUGCUGGUGGAAGGCAUCUACCUGCACAACCUGCUGGUGGUGGCCGUCUUCUCCGAGAGGAGCUACUUCACUCUCUACCUGUGCAUCGGCUGGGGAGCGCCCAUGCUGUUCCUCAUUCCCUGGGUCAUUGUGAAGUUCCUUUACGAAAACAUACAGUGCUGGUCCACGAACAACAACAUGGGCUUCUGGUGGAUCCUUCGCUUCCCCGUGUUCCUGGCCAUCCUGAUCAACUUCUUCAUCUUCAUCCGCAUCAUUCAGAUCCUUGUUUCCAAGCUCCGUGCACAUCAGAUGCGCUACACUGACUACAAGUUCAGGCUGGCCAAGUCCACGCUGACGCUGAUCCCGCUGCUGGGCAUCCACGAGGUGGUCUUUGCCUUCAUCACAGACGAGCACGCCCAGGGCACACUGCGCUACGUCAAGCUCUUCUUUGACCUCUUCCUGAGCUCCUUCCAGGGGAUGCUGGUGGCCAUUCUCUACUGCUUCGUCAACAAGGAGGUGCAGGCAGAGCUGCUGAAGCGGUGGCAGCGCUGGAAGCUGGGGAAGGACCUGGCCGAGGAGUACAAGCACACCUACAGCCAUGCACCCAGCGCCCGCAACGGCGCUGGCAGCACCUGCGAGAAGCACCAGCUGGUGAGUGGCUGCGCCAACGGGCUGGGGCGCAGCCUGGCCCCCCACCCCAGCUCCCAGCGCCUGGAGAGGAGUGGGCGCAGCGCUACCGAGCACCUUGCCCUGGGGGGCCAUCACCACUGUUAUGAGUUUCCUGAGACCACGGCCGAGAGCCACUUCUGAGCCCACAGCCAGGUGGGAGGGCUGUGCUGAGCCGCUGGGAUGUCGCCGUUCCCUGCCCCAUCCUCCCCAGGUGCUGGCGGGCACUGGGACCCGCCACCCUGGUGAGGGUGCUGCGCUGGGCACAUGGACAAUGGACACAGUGAGGCAGGCAAGUGGGACCUGGACCUCUGGAAGGGGGAACUGUGGGGCCAGGGGCAACUGUGGGGGUGGGAGUUUGUCCUGUAGUGCUGCCCUCAUGCACCUUCGAGUCCCUGUGCGCAGUGCUGUAAUUUAUCUGUCAUAUCUGUAAAUAGGUGUGGGCCCGUGCUGGGCUGCAGGGCCAGCUCUGUGUGUGCCUCUCUGUGGGCUGUGGGGACUAGGAAUACACAUGGACCGUGCUCCCAAGCACCCCAUGGAUGCUCCCAAGCCACAGCCAUGGAUGGGGAGCUGAGUCACCUGGCAGGGAUGGGCUG